AUGGGUCGUAAAAUACCUGCUAAAAAACAUCGUGGGGUGAAGGAUCCUUUAGUUCAACAUGCGCGACGAAUGCAAGGUUUGAAGGACAAAAUAAACGCACCACCAACGGACCCCGAUGAACAGCCAGUACCUCGAUCACUAUCUCGUUUGUUUGCUUUUCAAAACAAAGAUAAAGUAGUCAAGAAGAAGAAGAAGAAACACAUUCCCACAAAUUUAGAAACAAUACAAAAAGGAGUUGGUGAUAAUCCCAUUUCUCGACUCAGAAAGUUACCUGGUGAAUCUGGAAGAGGUUUUUCUCUUAGGAUAAACAGUGCAAUAAGAGCUCUUCAUGAUCCAAUUGACCAAGAUGACUACCCGCAAGACCUGGAUCAAGAAGAUGCAAAAGGUGAAAGAAUGGUGGAUCAGCGAGAAAGAAGGAAAAGAAAGCAAAAAGGCAAACAAGUUAAUGAUGAACCAAAGUUGACUCGCACACAAAAAUUAGCUCUAAAGAAAAAAGCUAAAAAAGAAAAAGCUGCUGAGGAGGAGGAAAUUAAAGAAGUGGUAUAUGAACAUGUUGGUUUUGGUGAUAUAACACAUGCACCGCCCAAUCUCACAGUGAGACCCAAAAUGAGAGGGCAAGAUCCAACUGCAAUGGGUGCACCAAGACCCGGUCGAAAAGAUCUUCUUUUGAGCUCAAUGUUAUCUGGCAACAAGAAGGAUUCACAAGCGAAUGCAGCAGAUUUGGCCCGACGAGAGAGAGCGAGGUUAGAUGUAGUCGCUGCCUACAGAGAAUUGAAGAAACAAAAGCGAAUGGAAAUUAAAACUAAGAAAAAAUAA